UGUAACUUCCCGAAGAUCUGGUUUAUCCGUUCUCCCGCAACUUCCUGUUUCUUUCAUAUUCUGUCUAGUAUAUUCAACGCCGCUUUCAGAAAAUCAUUUUAAUAGUCAAAGAAAACAGAAGAAAAGCUUCCCUGUAGGCUGCCGCCACGAGCCGAGGUUUCACCUGCUUACAGCAUCCGGUGUUACAGGGAUAUUCAACGGAACGGUGGUGAAAGUCGACUCCAAUUUUAUUCUCAUGGAAAAAUUUGCUACGUAACCAUUAGGGGUUCCCUUAUUCUUGCAUCGGAGUUUUUUGCAUUCCAUCUUUUCUCAACUUUUCAUUGAAUUUGGUUGGCCAAUUCCAAACAUUGAAAUCUCGAGUGGAUUGAGAGGGUCAACUGGGCUAAUGAAUCUCCAAAAGUUGAUAGUUUGAUAGGAUUUCGCCCCCUCGAAUAUUUCCUUUUGAUUUUGCUAAUGUUAUUUUGAUUGUAUUUAAGUUAGAUAGUAUGUGCAUAGCUGUGUUUGUUUGGCAAGAUCACCCUCUCUAUCCAUUUCUUCUCUUGCUCAACAGAGAUGAAUAUCAUAACAGGCCUACGAAACCAAUAUCAUGGUGGGAAGGUUGUAAAAUAAUGGGUGGAAGAGAUGAGCGUGCAGGGGGAACAUGGCUAGCCUGUACAAGAGAAGGAAAGUUGGCGUUUCUAACAAAUGUACUCGAACUUAACCCUGUCCCCGAAGCAAAGAGCAGAGGUGACUUGCCUGUGCGUUUCUUGGAGAGCAGCAAGAGUCCCCUGGAGUUUGCAGAGGAAGUGGCAGAGGAAGCAGAUCAGUAUAAUGGGUUCAACCUAAUAUUAACAGAUUUUUGUUCCAAAGCUAUGGUUUAUAUAUCUAACAGACCAAAAGGAAAGCCUGUUUCCAUUGAAGUGGUUUCACCAGGUAUUCAUGUGCUCUCAAAUGCAAGGCUUGACUCCCCAUGGCAUAAGGCACAGCGGUUGGGUCAGAAUUUCAAAGAACUGCUAUGUAAAUAUGGCAAAGAUGAAGUCCCUGUAAAGGAGAUGGUUGAACAAUUGAUGAAGGAUACAGUUAAAGCAGAUCAAAACAAGCUACCACGAAUCCGCUCCCUCGAGUGGGAAUUCAAUACAAGUUCCAUUUUUGUAGAAGUAGACACUUCAUUGGGGCGUUAUGGAACUAGAAGCACUGCAGCAGUGUCUGCGAAAGAAAGUGGGGAAGUAAGCAUUUUUGAGAGAUAUCUUGAAAAAGAAAUUUGGAAAGAGCACUCUCUAAAAUUCGAGAUAGAGAAGGCGCACUAGAUUGAGUUGGUGAGGUCAAUUCUUGAUCCAACUUAUAUUGCUAAGAAUAAAAGCAGUAACUUUGGUCUACAGCAGGGGUCGGUCACCAGUACAGUUAUCGCUGUCAGGUAUUCUUGGCAUGCCUUGAGAGGGUUAAUGUUUAUAUGUUCUACUCUGUCAUUUCUGUAAUAUGUGAUUCUUUAAAAGUUACCUGCAUCAUCAGGGAUACUGCCGAUGAUGCUGGACUGAGUCUGAGAGAGGGUUUGGCUGUUGCACACAUUUGAGAUGGCUGUGUAUGCAUUACAACUUGAUCUGCUUGAGACUGAACCUUGCUGAUCAAAAUCAAGCCCAAGCUGUGGUUGGUUUGGGUUAACGCCUCAGGCGGUCCAGCUCAGUCUGAGUCAAACUAUAUUGUUAGUUAUUUGUGAGCAAUAAUUUUUGUAAUGCUCCAUAGACAUUGCUAAAUUUCCGUUCGGAUUUA